AUGAGAGUUGAUAAGGUAAGAGGCUCGCUGCUUGGGACGAUAUCUAUACAGAGAGUGUCCACUGAUCUCCCUCAGGUCCUGUCUGAUUGCUGUAUCUACAAGGUGCCCAAUUUGCUUAGAAACGUAAAACCGGAAGCCUACACUCCACAACUGAUUUCAAUAGGUCCUCUUCACCACGGCAAUGCCAAACUAGAGAUCAUGGAAAGUAAGAAAUGGAUAUGUUUUAGUGAGUUUAAGAGGAAUAGGAUGAGUGACGAGAGAAUUAUGGAUCUUGUGAACAUCAUUCGGAAUAAAGAAAAGAAUAUCCGACAAUAUUAUUCAAAGAACUUCAACGAAAUUGGGAGCAGGGAUUUCAUAGAGAUGAUCCUGCUGGAUGCCGUCUUCAUUAUUGAGUUUAUAAAGGAGUCAAAUGAUGUUGAAGAUGGUCCUAAGAAUUUUGAGCCUUGGAUGAUGUCCGACAUAAAAGAAGACUUGGAGCUACUUGAAAACCAACUACCUUUCUUCAUUAUUGAGGAAAUAUAUGACGAGGUCAAUCGCGCUCGCCAAGAGUUACCAAGCAUUCCUUUACUUCGUCUUGCUACCUUUCAUUUUGGAAAGUAUGCGUUCCCAGAAGUGGUAAACACCGACCCGAAAGUAGAGGGAAGCAGGCACUUCACUGAUUUACUAAGGAAUUUAAUGCUGGAUGGAGUCACUGAGAGAAGUUUUACUUUUGAUACUAUCAAGCUGAAAUAUAGCGCCGUCAUGCUUCGCAAGGCAGGAGUAAGGUUUCGGGUCGCCAAAGAGAAAUGCAUGCUUAACAUAAGAUUUGAGAAAGGAGUGUUGGAAAUACCACGCGUGGAAAUUGAUUACAGCUCCGAACGAUUUGUACGAAAUAUCAUGGCCUUGGAGCAGUGCUACAAACCGUUUGAAGCUUACAUAUGCAAUUACAUUAAGUUUCUGGACAACCUCAUCAACAGUGCAGAAGACGUGGAUUUGCUAGUCGGGAAGGGAAUCAUUCUCCACUGGCUAGGUGACGAUGCCGCACUUUCAAAUAUGAUUAACAAGCUUAACGAAAAUAUUGGCGACACUUCCGCUUAUUAUGAUGAUAUCUGUAAGAAUAUGAAUCUCCACUAUGAGAAUCGCUGGAACCGUCUGAAGGCAACCUUGGAACUUGGAUAUUUCGCCCAUGUUUGGAGAGGUACGGGAACUGUUGUAGCAGCUAUCCUCCUGAUCCUCACUUUGAUACAGACUAUCACUUCCGUAAAAUCAGUAUUCUAGGACUUUAUCUUGCUUAGUUUCAUUAAGCCUACGUAUGAUUGAUGUGAUUGUUAUUGUUAAUUUCCUUUGAAGAUUGUUGUUAAACUUUGGGCAUGUGUAUUGCUGAACUAAUAAUGUUGUUGUAAAUUCUUGUUGUAUUGUCCUAAAAUUGAGUUUGUACUUGUUUCCUCUCAAAAUUCUCUUCUUUUAGGAUCAUCUUCAGAUUAAACGAAGCUGAAUAAUUAAUGCAUGAUCUCGAUUUCAAUAUCCCCAUUUCACCAACAAUGAAUUUAUCAGGUUUUAUACAUUGUUGAUCAUUUUUUCUCUUGUUUAAUAC